ACACAAACUAACCACGUCUCCUCGGCGCAUGUUAGCCCGAUACCCUCUUACCAAUUUGAGGCGGGAAACAUGUGAACCGUUUUCUUCAAUCUAAUGCGUCUCUUCAACCCGUCAAUGGCUUCCGGAUCGAACUCUCUGAUUUGGUUCCGAAAGGGGCUUCGAAUCCACGACAAUCCGGCUCUCGAGCACGCGGCUAAGGGGUCCUACUUUUUGUAUCCUGUUUUCGUGAUCGAUCCUCAUUACAUGGAGCCUGAUGUCACGGCUUUUUCCCAAGGGUCGGAGCGAGCCGGGUUGAACCGAAUUAGGUUCUUGCUCGAGAGCCUCGUGGAUCUCGAUUUGAGCCUAAAAAGGCUCGGGUCGCGUUUGGUGGUGCUCAAGGGUGAACCUAGCCAGGUCUUGAUUCGCUGCUUGAAGGAGUGGAGCAUAAGCAAGCUAUGUUUUGAAUAUGACACGGACCCAUAUUAUCAAGCUCUAGAUAAUCAAGUCAAGAGUUAUGCAACUGCAGCUGGCAUAGAGAUAUUUUCACCUGUCAGCCACACCCUCUUCAAUCCUGCGGAUAUCAUACAGAAGAACGGUGGAAGACCACCUUUGAGCUAUCAGUCUUUUGUCAAACUUGCUGGUGAACCCUCUUGGGCAGCGUCGCCUGUUUCAAAUGCACUUUCUUGGCUUCCUCCUGUUGGAAACUGUUCAACUACAGAAGUCCCAUCAAUGGAAGAACUUGGCUAUGAUGACAGUGCGAAGGUAGAGAGAUCUCCUUUUAAAGGUGGUGAAUCAGAAGCAUUGAGACGAUUGAGAGAGUCUCUGUCAAACAAGGAAUGGGUGGCUAACUUUGAGAAACCCAAGGGUGAUCCAUCUGCAUUUCUAUCACCAGCAACAACUGUAUUAUCGCCUUACUUGAAAUUUGGUUGUCUGUCUUCUAGGUACUUCUACCAGUGCAUUCAGGACAUCCAGAGAACUGUUAAGAAGCACACAUCUCCCCCCGUUUCUCUUCUUGGACAGUUAUUAUGGCGAGAUUUUUUCUACACCGUUGCUUUUGGAACUCCUAAUUUUGAGCAAAUGAAGGACAAUAGAAUAUGCAAGCAGAUACCAUGGAAAUAUGAUGAUGAAUUGCUAGCUGCUUGGAGAGAUGGCAGGACAGGAUUUCCUUGGAUUGAUGCCAUAAUGGUCCAGCUGCAUAAAUGGGGGUGGAUGCACCAUCUUGCUCGGCAUUGUGUUGCAUGUUUUUUAACUCGUGGAGAUCUGUUUGUGCAUUGGGAAAAAGGGCGUGAUGUCUUUGAGAGACUUCUUAUUGAUUCUGAUUGGGCAAUAAAUAAUGGGAACUGGUUGUGGCUCUCAUGCUCCUCAUUUUUUUACCAGUACAACCGAAUUUAUUCUCCAAUCUCAUUUGGAAAGAAGUACGAUCCUAAUGGGAACUACAUUAGGUAUUUUCUUCCGGUAUUAAAAGACAUGCCUAAGGAGUAUAUUUAUGAGCCAUGGACAGCUCCUUUGAGCAUACAAGUUAAGGCCAAAUGCAUCAUUGGAAAAGAUUAUCCAAAACCGGUGGUCUCCCACGAUUCUGCAAGCAAAGAAUGCAAGCAGAUAUUAUAUGAAGCGUAUGAGUUGAACAAAACAUUGAAUGGCAUAGUGAGUGAAGAAGACCUGAAAAGUUUGAGGAGAAAAGUCGAGGAUCAUAAGACUCUGGAGUCAAAAUCCAAAAGACUAAAACAGACGCAGAUUGGCUAAUGUACGAGACAUGUUAUCGAACAUUACGUGGCUACGUACUGAAGCACAUAAGCCAUCAUGUGGAAACAAAGCCGGACUACUGUCUGUUUCAAUUUCUUGAAGGAGAUGGCAAUAUUGUUAGGACUUUGUUUUCAAGGGCAGAAGAAAAGUUAAACAUUAGGGUCACGUUUAGUAUUUAGAACUGGAUAGUACUGAACUAUGUUGUAACUUAGUUUUCUUCUCCAAUAAUGUUCAAUCGACCUUACAAAAUAUGCCGCAGAAGGUGUAGUUCAAUCUCCUACUUUAAUGCCUAUCUCUACUUCUCUUUUCA